GCCUCAAGGCAGUUGUGCAUUAGAACUCCUUCAGUACGGUUACCAUUGGUAAUGGAUCGGACAAAUCUAAAUGAAUUGAAACAUAAAAUGCGUCGGAUUUUGCAUUGUGGACACAAUGAGACUGCGGAACUAAAAUACAAAUUGUUUGAAGUUCAAAAAGAACUGGAUGAAGCUAAUGACUUUAUUGCCGAAAUAAAAUUUGAAUUGGAUAGUGUUGAUAUACUGGCACUCCAGAAUCAGUGGCUGCGCGAUGAAUUGAUGAUGCUAAAGGCCGAGGAGAUGGGUGUGAUUCAUAGGGACUUGGAGGAGGAUCCAGCAACUCAAAGGGAGCGUCGCAGCUAUCGACAGCAAGUUUCUGCUGGAAUGGUGUCACCUCAGCUUGAAAGCCCACUCCAGGAGCAGCGAUACGGACGCAAACUGGAUUAAACUAAUGGCUGAUUACAUUGCUCGAAAUCUGAAUUUAUUUAUCAUUAAUGAUAUUGUAUGAUAAAUCUAUGCCAUUAGCCGCUUCCGACUACACGCAAACCACUUAAAAUAUAAGACUUAUCUUUGUUGUCACACUUC